UAAUUGUUUGGGGUUCAACUGAAAUAUAUGAAUAAAUUAAAGUAUUGUACUAAUUUAUUCAUAAUUCAUUGGUAGUGCCCCUCCACAAAAAGCACCCAAACAAGUGGAAAAUAUAAGCCAUUUUAUUUUAAUUAAAACGUAAAGCAAUUAAAAAGCGAUGUGAUUUGACUACAUUAGAUUAAUGAAAAUGAACUACCGAUGAAGCUAUGAUGUUUCAUGGAAAUAAUCGGGCGAAGUGUUGACAUGAGAGAAAGGCGUUGUGAUUUGACUACAUUAGAUUAAUGAAAAUGAACUACAGAUGAAGCGAUGAUGUUUCAUGGAAAUAAUCGGGCGAAGUGUUGACAUGAGAGAUCGUCCUCAGACAUUGUUGCUUCUGCUCUGUUCGCUCAGAUGUCUUUUUCCUGACACUGAGCAUAGACAUUUCUGCUGCUGUUGAGUAGAGGAUCAUUCUCUUCAAGCCCACUUUCCCCACUGUGCCUAUGACUUCACCGAGGGGUGGGCUGGAGACAUGCACCCACCAUCAAGGAAGGACUUUGUGUCUUUAACCCUCACUGGACAAGGAAGUGGCAACUAUAAUAACAGUAAGCAGUGGAGAAGACAGUCCUGCUGGAGGAAAUGGAAACGGUUAUCCAGAUUGCAGCGCAACCUAAUCCUCUUCACCGUGGCUCUCAUGUUACUUUGUGGGAUUGCUACUUACCCCAGUGUCACAGAACAUUUCCGAGGCCUUACUGUUGUCGCGAAGGAGGAAGGGGACCAUGCUCUGAAACCUGUCGUCCAUGAGGUCCAACCUGCGUUGGACAAGCUGAACCGACCGUUAGUACCAGAGUCACCUUCAGAGAAGCAGAAGAGGGCAGCCCACAAGCGGGGGCCACCCGGCCUGCAGAACCGACUGCAAAAGAAAGGGAACGUGUCAGAUACCCAGGUGGAGAAAGAGGAGGGAGAGAAGCCACUUGUUAACUGGCAUGUGGCCAUGAUUGACCAAGCCACUGAAAGAGGAACUGCCAAGGAAGCAGCGAACAAGGUGGAUGUCCCAGAGGUUGAGCAAGAGGGCCAUUCACACAAGGAGCCAGAAGUCGAUAGGCUUGAGGCAGUACGUGAUGCUUUCAGACAUGCGUGGAAGGGCUACAAAGAGUUUGCCUGGGGGAAAGAUGAGCUGAGGCCUAUGUCUAAGUCCUAUGGAGAGUGGUUUGGCCUAGGCUUGACCCUAAUUGAUGCACUGGACACAAUGUGGAUCCUCAACCUCAAAAAAGAGUUUGAGGAGGCUAAGACCUGGGUGUCCACAGAGCUGUCCUUUAAUAAAAACGUGGACGUGAACCUGUUUGAGAGCACCAUCCGUAUCCUGGGCGGCUUGCUGAGCACUUACCAUCUGACUGGAGACACUCUGUUCCUGGACAAGGCUAAAGAUUUAGGAACGAGGUUAAUGCCUGCCUUCAACACCCCGUCCAAGAUCCCCUACUCAGAUGUGAACAUUGGGAAGGGUACGGCCCACCCCCCUCGAUGGACGUCGGACAGCACUGUUGCGGAGGUCACCAGCAUCCAGCUGGAAUUUAGGGAGCUGAGUCGCCUCACUCAGGACACACGCUACCAGGCUGCAGUGGAUGAGGUCAUGCAGAAAGUCCACAAGCUGGAGGGGAAGCAGGAUGGCCUCGUCCCCAUGUUCAUCAACACCAACAGCGGCCAGUUCACCCAUUUGGGGAUGUUCACGCUGGGUGCACGGGCAGACAGCUACUACGAAUACCUCCUCAAACAGUGGAUCCAGGGAGGCAAGAAGGAGACGGCGUUGCUGGAGGAUUACCUGCAGGCCCUGGAGGGAGUGAAGAAGAACCUGCUGAAGAAGUCCUCUCCGAACAGGCUGACCUUCGUAGGGGAGCUUGCCCAUGGCAGGUUUAGCCCCAAAAUGGACCACCUGGUGUGUUUCCUCCCUGGGACCCUGGCUCUAGGGGCCCACCACGGCCUGCCAGCGGACCACAUGGAGCUGGCCAAGCAGCUGAUGGAGACCUGCUACCAGAUGUAUGCCCAGAUGGAGACUGGCCUGAGCCCUGAGAUUGUCCACUUUAACAUGCACGAGGGCAGCAUUGGCGAUGUAGACGUGAAGCUUGCAGACAGACACAACCUCCUGCGCCCUGAGACGGUGGAGAGCUUGUUCUAUCUGUACAGGUUCACUAAGGACAGGAAGUACAGGGACUGGGGCUGGGAGAUCCUCCAGAACUUCAACAAGUAUACCAAGGUUUCUACUGGUGGCUACACGUCCAUCAACAACGUCCGGGACCCAGAGUAUCCCAGCCCCCGGGACAAGAUGGAGAGUUUCUUCCUGGGGGAGACUCUCAAAUACUUCUACCUGCUGUUCUCAGAUGAUCCGGAGCUGCUCAGUCUGGACAAGUAUGUGUUCAACACAGAGGCUCACCCCCUGCCCAUCUGGCCCACCGCACAGUGAGAGAUACACAGGGCAAGUCAACAUGAAGCACACAUACAGUAAUACAUCACAGCUCAGGGCUUGGCUAACACCAAUAUAUCUUGUUAUUCCUUAUUGUAUAUCUCAGUGACUCAAAUUUGGGUUGGUUUACCCUCUCCUAAAUUGAAAACUCUGGAAAAAUUGCUAUUUUUAAAAGCCGGAAUUCAUUGUUUGUUUAAAGGCGGGGGGUAGCAGCAGUGUUGGGGUGAGAUUGAAGCAUAGUAGCUUUGAUAUAUAUUUUAUCUUUGUCUGUUCUCGCCACGUUGCUGCUGAGGGGGCCUGUCUAUCCUCAGAUCAUGACAGUUGUUUACUCUGAAGGAAGAGUGGAAAACAUGAGGCAGCCAAGCUAUGUCCUUGGCCUCAUCAUGGUUAUUUUGUACACCAACACUAGAGAAAGAUAUGAGCGUGACUGGACUCCAAGCUGUGCCUAAAUUGGAGGCAGCAGCAGCCUGAGAGAAAGUGCUAGUUUGACAGAAUACAGCACUGAGUGACAAGUGACACCCCCUAUCAUGGACUUCCCACAUGAAUAAAUGCUAUAGUAUACUAUGGUAUAGAUCACUGUAGUGUAUACUGUAGUAUUUACAGUUAACUAUAUUAUAAAUACUGCAGUAAAGGAAAACAGUAGUAUACUGUAGUAUUUAUUAUAGUGUUUUUGUUUUAUUAUCUUUGACACUGGAGAAUCACUAAUGAAGCACAUUUUCCAUAACCUGUAGGUAGGAAGGUAGGACUGGGGUCUGAAUGGAGAGUUCAGAGCUUCUGCUCUUUUUAAAUAAACUGUAGGGAACACAAUCUAUGAUCUAUACUUAUACUUGGCAUGUAGGUUUCUUAGUUAUGGGUGGUGCAAAUUGGGAUAUGGGGGAGGGGAAUGGGCAGGGUAUAUGCUAAUUAAAUACUGUAGUAUUUACUAUAGUUAUAAAACUGUAGUGUUUUUGUGGACAUUACUGUAGUAUUUACUAGAACAUUCUAUAGUAAGUACUACACAUAAUUGAGGGAUACUACAGUGUAUAGUAUACUACAGUUUACUAAGGAAUUCUAUAGUACGUACUGUAGUAUUCAUAAAAAAAUAAAAUAAAAAAGAUGUAUGUGGGUUUACAGUAAAUGACCAAGUAUUGUGAUAAAACAUUAUGCGUCCCUGGAUCCUCUCACUCUCCGGUCUCUUGAUCGCAUUCUUAAGAAAUGGUUUUAUACAGAUUUUGAAAAGAGAAUCAGUCAUAUCAGGCAUAGAAUAGUCUGAUUUUAAUUGCAUACUGUGAACCUUUUUGUGUAUGGGGACUGCAAGCACUUAUUGUUUAAUUUCCUUGUGUUUUGAAUUUGACUGACUCAGCUGCUAUUAUAUUUAAUGAAUGUUACAUUUUUCUUAUUUGUCAUGCUUUCCUUUGUUGUGGGGUCAAACUAGUGUAAGUUGGAGUGGACAUUUGGGUAGUUUUAGUUAUACAAAUGUUUGUGAGAUUUAAGCUGAAUUUUAAUUCAUUUGUAGUGUAUUGUGGUAUACUACAGUGCCUUCAGAAAGUAUUCAUACCGCUUGACUUAUUCCACAAUUUGUUGUUGCAGUCUGAAUUCAAAAUUGAUUCAAUAAAUGUAUUCUCUCACCAAUCUACAUACAAUACCUCAUAAUGACAAAGUGAAAACCAUGUUUUUAGCAAAUGUAUAAAGAAAUGUAAUACAUAAGUAUUCACACCCCUGUCAAUACAUGUUAGAAUCACCUUUGGCA